AUGGACUCUAUACGAGUAGUCAUUUGUGGAGACGAAGGAGUGGGGAAAAGCAGCUUGAUCACUACGCUUGUCAAGGAGACGUUUGUUCCAAACAUUCAGCAUGUUAUCCCGCCGAUUAAUAUACCCAAAGAUUUUUCAGGGUCUCCAUACUCCCCCAAAUCAAGUGUCUUGAUAGAUACUUUAUCGUCCGAUAUGAGUAGCGUCCAGGACCAGAUCCGGCUGUCGGACGUGAUAUGGCUUGUAUUUUCUGACCACUACACAUACGAACGGAUAUCUCUGUACUGGAUCCCGAUGUUCAGAUCAAUGGGGGUGAAUCUGCCUGUUGUGCUAUGCAACAACAAAUCCGACCUUGACCAAUUACCCGAUGAGAGCGAGACGGUUCUCAAUGAGCAGUUCAUACCUUUGUUAAAAGAGUUCAAAGAAAUAGAAGCAUGUGUUCGAUGCAGUGCAAAGGAUAACUAUAACGUCAACCAGGCAUUUUAUCUCUGUCAAAGAGCUGUCACGCACCCAAUCGCCCCAUUGUACGAUUACAAAGAGAGUAACCUGAAACCACUCGCCAUAAACGCACUAACAAGAGUUUUCUACCUUUGUGACAAGGAUCAGGAUGGCCUUUUGAACGACUCAGAGUUUUUGCAACUGCAACAGAAGUGCUUCCACAAGUCAAUGGACAUUCACGAACUAACCUCAUUGAAAAGUACUUUGAACUCUGCCCUUCCUGGAACUGCCACUGAUGCAGGAAUAUCCGAGGAAGGGUUUCUAGCUUUAAAUAAGCUCUAUGCCGAGUCCGGCCGUCAUGAAACUAUAUGGGGCAUCCUCAGAGCUUACCACUACACUGAUUCUUUAUCUAUCGACGACAAGAUACUGUAUCCCAAGCUGGACGUUCCUGUUGGAUCGAGUGUCGAAUUAUCUCCAAAGGGCUACAAAUUCUUGGUCGACUUGUUUCUGUUGUUUGACAAGGACAAUGAUGGUGGAUUGAACGAUGAUGAACUGACCCAGUUAUUCUAUCCCACACCGGGAGUUCCGAGAUCGUGGCAGGAAUCAAACUUUCCUCGAACUGUGGUUUGCAACGAGCAGGACUAUGUUACUCUUCAGGGAUGGCUGGCACAGUGGUCCAUGACCACCUUCCUCGAUUAUAAAGUCACCUUGGCCUACCUGGGAUAUUUUGGCUACGAAGACAAAUCUGCCAAUGGGAAAGUAUCAAGUACGACUACCGCUUUGAGAAUCACCAAGUCUAGGAAAAUGAAGAAACGCAACAACCGUUUAUAUAGGGGAGGUGUCUCCGAUAGAACUGUUUUCAACUGUUUCGUUCUGGGUGCACCAGGUUGUGGCAAAACAUCUUUGAUGGAAUCAUUCCUCGGAAGGCACUACAGCGACUUUCACUCUCCAACAAUCCAGCGAAACGUUGCAGUUAACAAUGUCGAGUUGAUUGGAGGAAAACAAUGUUACUUAAUUCUCGAAGAACUUGGAGAGCUUGAACCAGCCAUUUUGGAGAACUCUCGCAAACUGGAUACAUGUGAUGUGCUUUGUCUUGCCUAUGACUCGUCUGAUCCCGAGUCGUUCCAACACCUAAUUGAGCUCCGCCAAGCUUAUCCUAACCUGGAUCGUAUUCCAAUGGUUUUCGUUGCUCUCAAGGCGGAUCUUGAUCGUCAACAACAGAGAUGCGACAUUCAACCAGAAACAUAUACACGCGCGCUAUUUUUACCUGCGCCUUUGCAUAUCUCUUCGAGCUGGGCAUCGUCGUUAACUGAGCUUCUUGUACAUUUGGUGAACUCUGCUGCAGAGCCACGCAGUGCCACGGCAGGACUGGAGCCUGAACCAGCGGACACAGAGAACAUCAUUAAUCCAUUUGUGAUUGGUUCCAGUGCCGUUGGGUUCAUGGUGAUUGUUUCUGUAUGGUAUUUACGAAAGUCUAUAGUUGGUGAGAGGUGA